UUUCCUGCAUCAAGUGGAAAUCCGCGGACCACGUGAGAUGAGUGUGCAAUGACAGUGUACCGACAGCGAGCGGUCUCGCGCAGUUGUCGAGGAGUGGACCCGCAUUCACAUUCCUUUAUGUAAUCAACCACUUUAUCGCUUGCAUUUUCUUUCUUUUUAUUUUGCUUUUUUUUGGGUUUGCAGUGUUUUUUUUUUUUUUUUUCAUCUUUUUUUCCCGUUUUUCGCUAUGGCUUGGCCGUGCAUCAGCAGAGUAUGUUGUUUGGCGCGGUUCUGGAAUCAGUUUGAUAAAUCGGAUUUGUCGGUUCCGCUAACGAUUCAGAACUAUUCGGACAUCACGGAGCACGAGGUGCAAUCCGUGACCAAACUGGUUUCCACGGAGCAAGCGCCGAGCAUCGACUUCGACUCUCCCACGGCGCGGGAUUCUGCUGGAGUUCGGCGGCCGCACAGGGGACGGACGGAAGCGAGUUACAAACCCCGCGAGGACUACCAUCCUCCGGGUGUGCCUUUUCAGAGCGUCACCCAAUAUAAACAGGAUUACAAACCUUGGCCCAUUCCGAAGAAGGACAACUUUCCCUGGAUUAGUAACGGCGGAAAAAGCGGCGCAUUAACGGACAGCCCGGUAAACGGUUACCCGAACGACACGAACCAGCUGCGGGUGGAGAGAAAGGAGCGCAGCGGCAGGCAGAGAGGCGGAGAUCAGAUCAGCUCGUACAGGCAGGAGUACCAGCAUUGGUCUGGAGCCCGGCCAUCAAAGUCUGCCCAAAAACGUCCCACCUUCCUCAGUACAGGCACUGGUGAGCCCCAACCUGAGACCAGCUACCAGGCUGCCUUCAGCACAGACACACACAGACAUUCAAAUGGUGUUCUGGAGACCAGCACACACACACAGCCAAGCAGUCUGUCAGAGAGAGCACACACACAGAGGACAGAGCACGGCAUUAAACCAGAGGAGCAGGUGCUGAAGACUAAGCUGUCACCAAACCCAUCCGCUGUCUUUCAGAGCAAAUCAAGGAUCUUCAACAUAUGAUCCAUCAAGCUGAAUGAGACGCACACACAUCUGAUUCAGCCUUUCACUAAAAGAGGAAAUCAUUUAAAAAGAAAGAAUGUCUCAAAAGACACAUGAAUGUUCAGAAACUGGAGGUAUUGGUAGACUUGGAAUGUAUAUCAUAAAUCAGGGGAAUAGAACAACUGAGAUUGAGGAGAGAAAUGUUCAGGAUUGCAGGAACUUGUGUAAGAUGUAAAAUCAGUUAAAUGGGAUCAGUUCAAUUGUGAAAAACAAAAUCAGUUUAAAAAGAUUCUCCAAAUCAUUCCACAGAGGAAAUAAUAGAACUAAAAAAUGUUGCUGGACAUUUACACAAUGUAAAAUCUAUGCAAGAGAAUGUAUGUUUCAAAUGUUAAACAUCUACUGAAAGGAUAUGUUUGUAAUAAACUUCAAGUUUAAAAGUGAAAAAGUGUACGAGAGAAAGAGUGUGUGAAAGAGUGACUGGGAAAGUUGUCAUAAAAAAAAGAUUGCCGACCUUGCCAUGUCCCUGCUCAAUGAAAAUCUGCAUGUUUCGUAAUAGUUUUAUGUUUUGUUUGAAUAUGCAAUGUUUAACAAUGAGGAAAAAUGCAAAAAUGUAAUAUGGUAACUUAGUGUGGGUGUGUAGUUACACUAUUUUUUGUAUAUAGUAAUGUUGUUCUGCUUUUCUUGCUGUGUUAAUGUCUGCCUGAGAACACUGGAUGCUUUUAAUUGCUGUUUUCUCACUCCAGACCCUGCUAUCCCUUUACAGACCUUAUUGUCUUUACAUUUAUACAUUAAGAUUAGUUAACUUUUACUGAAUGUUGAGGGUGAAUUGCUCACAAGGGGUUUUCCAAGUUUUAUUUUGAAAAUUUGGUCUUGAGGGAAAUUAAGGGAAAUAUUGAGAGUAAACACUGUUAAAAUAAAAAUAA